ACGUGUCAAUACAGUGCACUCAUUGUAUACUGGAUCGUAGCGACUCUUCACUGAACACUCUACCAUUUGUAUCGCUUACGCUACAUAUAUUUAUUGUAUUGUUUUAACCAUUGUAUCGAGUAUACACUAUUGUAUUUAUCACACGUUGUAUUGCCUUGUUGCGCGCUAUCGUAUUAACCACCCUAUGAAUUAUUUACACUGAAUAUAAUUACAGUAACAGUACCGUUAACGCACCGUUCGCUUGCCGAUAAUAUUUACAUCGUACGGUUGAUAUUCCUGUCUUGCGCGUGUGUGUGGUGGGUGUAUUUAAGAAUGCCGGACGUGACGGCGAGAUUAUUACACGGCUGCUUGAAUUGAACAAAGCCGCUGUUUUUCAUCUCCUGUGUCUCGUCUUGGCCAGAGGAAGGGGUAAGGGACAACUCAGAGACAGGAGGGAGGCUAUAGACUUUGCCUCGAGGCUGGGGAGAAGUCAGUGGGGUGAAGCGACAUUCACUGGACACCACGACCGUGUUACAUCAUCCAUCACGACUGGUCUCACGUCUUGAUUUGUCUUUUAUUUUCCGGGGGUUUGAGCCACCGGCAUCGCUCCGCCUCCCACGUCGCGUUGAUGCUGUUUAGUCCAUCACCACAGCGCCCAGUAUUGUCUUGGGCACAGCGUGUUCGUGACACACGACAUAUACCGGACACGGUCACACACUGCACGCAUCCAUUCAUUCACUCGCCACACGGCGCAAGCAACACUUUAUGUUGCUGUCAAUUCAUACUAUCGACUAUAGUUUAUCGGUAUAUUAUUGGUGGUUAUAAUCUACGCUGCUUUGCGCUUGUAUCCUAUAUGACACACACAGCUCUAACUGCAUAGACUCCACGUACACCACACACGUGUGUGUCAAUUGUAGACACACUACCACGCACACGUGUGUCAAUUGAAGACACACUACCACACACACGUGUGUCAAUUGUAGACACACUACCACACACACGUGUGUCAAUUAUAGACACACUACCACACACAGAAGACACACACACAUCGACACAACCGCGGUCACCAGCACACAACAGGAGGCACCAAAGUUCACACAACCACAGACAGAGACACACACAACCACCAUGGAUCUGGGAAGAUGUGGACUCCGGCUCCUGAUGGCGAGGCUCUGCACGACGCACGCCGCGAACGCGUCCCAGCCGCGGAGACCUCUCGCCUCCACGCAGAGCCCCGAACCGGGACUCGAACCCGGCAGGUCCGAGCGUUGGGGCGGCCUCACCCUCGACUCCAUGAACCCAAAUGUGCGCGCCGUGGAGUACGCGGUGAGGGGCCCCAUCGUGGUGCGCGCAGAGCAGGUGGAGAGGGAGCUCCUGCAGGGCAUGGAGAAGCCCUUCUCGGAGGUGAUCAAGGCCAAUAUUGGGGACGCGCACGCCAUGGGCCAACGGCCAAUCACCUUCCUGCGCCAGGUGCUGGCGCUGUGCGCCUGCCCUGAGCUGCUGGAGCGCGACGGCUUCCCCGAGGACGCCAAGCAGCGCGCGCAGCGCAUCCUGCAGAGCUGCGGCGGCGUCAGCAUCGGCUCGUACAGCGCCAGCCAGGGCAUCGCCUGCGUGCGGGAGGACGUGGCGCGCUUCCUGGAACGCCGCGAUGGCAUCGCCGCCAACGCAGACGACAUCUACCUGUGCACGGGCGCCAGCGAGGGUGUCGUGACGCUGCUCAAGCUGCUGGUGUCGAACGGCGGGCGCGUCCGGAGCGGCGUGCUCAUCCCCAUCCCGCAGUACCCGCUCUACUCGGCGGCGCUGUCCGAGCUGGGCGCCGAGCAGCUGGGCUACGAGCUGGACGAGGGGCGCGGCUGGGCGCUGGACGUGCGCGAACUGCGGCGCGUCCUGGUGCGGGCGCGUCGCAGCUGCGAGCCGCGGGCCUUGUGCGUCAUCAACCCCGGCAACCCCACGGGACAAGUGCAGGACCGGCAUAGCAUCGAAGAGGUGAUUGAGUUUGCUGCUGAAGAGGGUCUCUUCAUCAUCGCGGACGAGGUGUACCAGGACAACGUGUACGCCCCCGGCUGCCAGUUCCACUCCUUCAAGAAGGUCCUGCACGACAUGGGGCCCGAGUACGAGCAGACGGUGCAGCUUGCGUCGCUGCACUCCACCUCCAAGGGCUUCCUCGGCGAGUGCGGCCAGCGUGGAGGCUACAUGGAGGUGCUGAACCUGCCGGCGGGCGUGAAGGCCGAGCUCGUGAAGCUGGUGUCGGUGCGCCUGUGCCCGCCCGUGCUGGGCCAGGCCACCGUGGACGUGCUGGCGAACCCGCCGGAGCUCGGCGAGCCCUCCCACAGCCUCUACGUGCAGGAACGCGACUCGGUGCUGCGCUCGCUCGCGCGGAAGGCGCUGCUCACGGCUCAGCUGCUCAACGGCACGGAGGGGAUCGCGUGCAACCCCGUGCAGGGAGCCAUGUACGCCUUCCCGCGCGUGCACAUCCCCCCGCGAGCUGUGGCCGAGGCCCAGGCACGAGGCCUCCUCCCGGACAUGUUCUACUGCCUGCAGCUGCUGGAGGAGACUGGGAUCUGCGUGGUGCCGGGCAGCGGCUUUGGCCAGAAGGACGGCACCCACCACUUCCGCAUGACCAUCCUGCCGCCCGAGGAGAAGCUGAAGAUCCUCCUGACCAAGGUGACCGAGUUCCACGCGAGGUUCACCGAGUUCUACGCCUGAUCGCCGCCACCCACCCAGGGUCGUGACCCCCCCCCCCCACCCCCGCCUCCUCCCCCCCCCUCCCCCGUCACCCACCACACGGCGUGACGACGCUCUGCCCCGCCGCGACCCACCUCGUGGGAUCUCAUCGCUCCGACGUCGCGAACCCGACUCCGCGCCCUCCGUCUCGGCACAAAAGAAACUGGAUACUCCCGGGAUCUCUCGAAGACCGUCUUGCCGGACUGGGGACGAGCAAGGUGGUGGACCCCGUAACCUCCGGAAGUGCCGCUUUGACCGCGGCCUGCGCUUGCCUUCUGAAACGAACUCCUGGCCGUGUCGGCUGAACGGCCGCUGCGGUUGAGAUUGCCGGGCGAGCCGACGGAGCCGGCUUGCGUUGACUGCAUCGCCUCUUUGUGUAAUCGUGGUGUCCUGUGACGUGCGGUGUGUGGGGUCGGCUCGAUGGCUUACGCGUCGCACGCACACACGCACACCAACGCUGUCCGUGCGCUCGCUUGCUCGCACAAGGGGAAGCGAACCUAUCGCCAAUGAAUGUAGCGACAGCAACAACAACCACCACGUGCUGCUAAGCGGCGGUGAAGUCGCACGGCGCUCGUGCCAGCUGCGUUGCACCGGUUUCAAAGUCUUAUGUAGCACGUAGUCAAUUGCACACACAGAGACGCGCGCACGGACGCAGCCGGCCUCGCGCUGUCCCUCCCAACGAGCAAGUCCCACGUGGCAUCGCCACUUCUCUCUGUCCUGCCGUAGAAUCCCCCGCCAAACGCGGCUGUGUUGAUGUCAGGAGGCCUCUACCACACCCACCACCCCUUGACUAAAGUUCGGAAUAACAGAACCGGGUUGUGGGGUGCCCGGAACCGUGUGCGUGCACGAGGACGCGCGCCCCCCGCAGCACGGCGGCUCCUACGCGCGACGGCGCAUGCGUCGAUGCCCGCGUGCGUGCGACCGCAUAACGACGAUGCCGUUAACGCGCGUACGUGCAGUCGGGCGCACGUUCGGGCCCGCCCGCCCGCAUGACACGUGCGGACGCGGUCGACGUUCGCUCACCAGCGCGCGCGGGUUUCUCCCGCUCUUGUGAUUUCAGCAGCCAGAAUUCGCCGCUGCUCAAAGAAACGGCUGGAACGCAUCGUCGCCCGGGGGGUGAUUCGUCCCAUUCGGGGCAGUGGCGAAGUUGCCGCGUUUCCGUCGAAAAUCGGACAGGCCGAGCAACGUUCGGGCUAUACAGAUAAAUCGAGCCCUGUUGUGGACACGUGUUCGCUAGACGUAACGGGGGCCGGUCGAAAAGGUUUUGAGAAGGAGACGGGAACAGAGAAUCGCACAGAGCUAAUGGCGAGGCGUUUCGUGACGUCCCGUAUCGGUGUGUAGUAAGCUAAUGCUGUUGUUUGUAAUGGUUGAAAACACUGCAGAGCCGAAGUGCCAUGGUGAGAGCGUUUAGUUUACCAACCUGCUCUUUAGCUAGCCCUCUCAUAAUUAACACUUAACGAAGCUUAGUCACGUGCAUUGUAUUACAGAACUUAACUCGUAGCAUUGUAGCCGCUGCGGAAACCGUGCACGGAUCGGGUAGAAUUAUUUUUUUAAAGGGAUUUUUAUUUCUCGAGUGGAGAUGAUGGUUAUGGUGAUUUUUAACUUGACUGUCCCCACCCUGUGCGGUUAUUCUAAACCGAGUACUCAUUUUGGUGCAGUUUUGAGCCUCUAUGGUGGCAACCCCGGAGACAGUUUUGAAUAACCGGACUCUUGACUGUAGCUGCACAAAGACGUCUGGAUUUUAUUUUCCCCUUGUACCUCUUUUCCACUGUGCAACUGAGCCGCGCUGGGGCCACGCGGAGCCAGCCUGGCUCGGCUCAACGUUGUUUUUCCACCGCAGAUGCCGAGCAGUGCCACUCACACCGCGCACGCAAAGAACGAGUCAAGACGCAUUCAGGUGGAACGCGGUGACGCUGAGCUUAACCCUUUUCCAUUCCGAUGACGUACGUGUAUGUCAUAGAAACGGAAUCGGAAGAAAAAAAUGAAACUUUAUCGGUACCGAGGCUCCCACAAGGCCAUGCGGGGAGGACGUGUGGCCCAGUUUCGUGCCUGCUAUCGUAGGGUGUGGUCGUGUCGCUACGGUUCUCCGCAGUGAGUACUUUAAAAACAACGGCGCUGUGCCCCUCUUAAGUAAAAUGAACGCUGAGCCGCUUGUGUGUUCCAAGAAUCAGCGGUGAACGGGACCCACCCUGCAACUUGCAGUCUUCGCGGAACGGGAAAGGAGUUAAUUUGCACUGACAUCGCCCGCAAUGAAUGCAUCAUUGUCCCUAGCCCUGCUUAACCCCAAGCCAGAUUCAGAUGUCUGGUGAGGUGAGUGUAGGCAACACGGUUUAUAGCCAGUGGAAAACCAGAUGUGCCAGUGGAUCAGCGAGUAUUGGUGUCAGAAAACAAUUCCUGUUUUUGCAACGAUUACUUUAGCGUACGUUUUACGCUGAUGACGACAACGAACCUGUGCUUGCACGAGCGCGUGCCAGCGAGUCGCGCCAUAUAGCUGCAGACCGUUGUCUCUGUGGCCUUAUUCACGCGCAAGACUGUUAGGUCCGACUUGUUGUAUUCCCAUAAGAGGUUUUUGGGUUAGAUCGCGUAAAUAUAUAAAUGUGUCGUUAAAACCCGCCACCACCCGACACAGCCAACUAGUGAGGGUUGUCACGUAAACAGAACGUGGCCAAUUCGUCACUAGUACAGCAUCACCGGUGUGUUGGAGAGCCAGGCCACAACAUUUACUCAGUUUCUAAAUUUUGUGGCUUGGCUUUCCAUGUUCACUUUACGCGACGGGUGGUGGCGGGUUUCAACAACACAUUUUUACGCGAUCGAACCCAAAAACCUCUAUUAUGGAUGAUAUUGGUCGCGAAAGCCUCCGACGUGUUAAAACGUUUUAUUCCACGCGCCUCUGGAGCAGCGCACACACCGCGUGACAGCGCGGUGUUGAAAUUCUCGCGUCUCCAAUAUCCACGGCUCCUUGAUGGCAUGACGACACGGGCAUAUCCUGGCAUGACGACACGGGCAUAUCCUGGGAUGAUCUACAAAGGAGGCGACCUGACGAUCAACAUUUCCAAACCAUCCUAAUCACACAGACGAGGUGUAAAUGUUAAGGUAAUCCGUCUGUGGUAUUAGAAAGCACGGCGUAUUUAGGGAAUAAGUCAGUGGUUUUGCCACGUACACGGAAACUGAAUUCGCCAUCACAUUCCCAGCGUGGGCGAAGAACGCAGUUCGUCCGAGUAACCUCCGACACCACCGUGGUGUUUUUAUGAGCAUUUGACCCCCUAUCAGGGUGGGUGGACGAGUUACUUAUACCUCAAUUGCGUACGUGAUAUGGUUGACGCUAUUGCCAAGGCGAAAGAAACUUGACGGCGAGACUUUUGUCUGCGCUCCGCUUUGUGGUAAACGUCCGAAGUGGCAGAGCCCGCCCCCCUCCUGCGGACGUCGCGAGGGGAACGAACAGCUGCGGCCACCGAGGUCUGCCCUCUUUAGCACAGGGACAACAGUUUCCCCUACCGCUGCCUGCUUCCCCGCUGCUGAACAUCAAAUGCGAAGAAUCCUGACCACAUUUCGAUUUAAAGCUUUCGUGACUGCAGGGAUUCAUCUUCUUGGUUCUUUCGGUAAAGUCACGUAGAAGGGAAGUAAUAAAAUAAUAAAAGUAAAACAUAAUAAAAUAAUUCUCACGACGUUUCGGCCACAACGCAAGCAGCCGUCCUCAGGUGAAAACCAAGUCUGUCGGAAAGGCAACGCAAGCAGCCGUCCUCAGGUGAAGAACAGGUCUGUCAGAAAGGCAACGCAAGCAGCCGUCCUCAGGUGAAGAACAGGUCUGUAGAGGCGACAGCGUCUUAGAGUCGCUGUCGCCUCGACAGACCUGGUUUUCACCUGGGGACGGCUGCUUGCGUUGUGGCCGAAACGUCGUGCGAAUUAUUUUAUCAUGUUUUAUUUUUAUUAUUUUAUUACUUCCCUUCUACGUGACUUUACCGAAAGAACCAAGAAGAUGAAUCCUGAUCACGUUUGACAAAAGCGUACCGCGGUGGAAGCUGAUUAGAAGCACGCAACCCCCGUAGGCGUCGAGGCACGUGCGCGUUCACCGUAUCCAAAGUGCGAUCGCAUCAGACGUGACGCGCUGCGUUCGGCCCCCGCCAGUGCAAUGUCAGCACCCGUUGCUUCUUUUAGAACCGUGCUUAUAUUAGGUGUGCUUAUAUCCAGGCUUCUACUUUGUUGGCUAACAUUUUGAGCAACGACUCUUGCUCGUAAAGAGCAUUGUUGGUCUGGUUUCUUUGCUUGUUAUGAGGCGGCGGUUCAUGAUAAACGUAAUUUUUAUUAAUCUUGAUAAAAAAAAAACAUUUUUAAAUCCCUUUCUGUUGCUGAGGUGCCAUUGCC